AUGGCCAAACGAAAGGUGGACUUUGAAAACAGAGGUUUUCAAGAAAGGUGGGAGGCUGAAUACAUGUUCACCGAUAUAAAGGGCAAACCUGUCUGCCUUGUGUGCGGUGCCGACGUGGCUGUCAUUAAAGAAUAUAAUUUAAGACGCCACUAUGAAACGAGACACCAAGAAAAAUACAAAGAUAUGAACAUUCAACAGAAGCUCCAAAAGGUAGUGGAGUUGAAACGAAGUCUGGUGGCACAGCAGACUAUGUUUGCUAAAGCCAAAUCACAGAAUGAUGCUGCUUUAAAGGCUAGUUUCGUUGUGGUGGAGGAGAUUGCUAAAUCUGCCCGGCCCUUUACCGAGGGAGAAUUUCUAAAAACUUGCAUGUUAAAAGUUUGCGAUGUCGUGUGUCCAGAUAAAAGGCAAGCCUUUUUAAAUGUGAGUCUGAGCAGAAACACCAUUGCUCAUCGUGUAUGUGAGCUUGCCACCGAUUUACAAGAACAGCUCAUGGGGAAGGGAAAAACAUUCCAAGCCUAUUCCCUAGCUGUGGAUGAAAGCAGCGAUGCAUCAGAUACUGCCCAGCUGUCAAUCUUCAUCCGCGGAGUGGACUCGAGCCUAUGCGUUACAGAGGAACUUUUAGGACUGAAAUCAAUGCAUGGCACUACUACCGGGAAGGAUCUCUUUGAAGAAGUGUGCAAAUGUGUGAACGAAAUGGGUUUGCCUUGGGAUAAACUUGUGGGACUGACGACGGAUGGGGCGCCUGCGAUGUGCGGGCAAAAGAAUGGAUUGGUGGGCAGGAUUCGGGAGAAGCUGCGGGAGGUGAACGGCGCAGGUGAGCUGACAGCGUAUCACUGCAUCAUACACCAGGAAUCGUUGUGUGGCAAAGCCUUGAAAAUGGAUCAUGUAAUGAGCACUGUAACAAAAGCAGUUAAUUUCAUUAGAGCCAAAGGGUUGAAUCACCGUCAAUUCAAGUCCUUGCUGGAGGAGACAGGUUCGGAAUAUGGUGAUGUGGUCUAUCACACAGAGGUGCGGUGGCUAAGCCGGGGAAGGGUGCUGAACAGAUGUUUCGAAUUACGUGAUGAAAUAUGUCAGUUCAUGGAGAGCAAAGGGAAAGACACGACAGAGCUUCAGGACAAGAAGUUUUGUUGCGAAUGGGCAUUUCUGUGUGACAUUACGAGCCAUCUCAAUGCGCUCAACCUGAAGCUUCAGGGGCGGGAUCAUGACAUCACUGAUAUGCACGCUGCAGUGAAGGCGUUUAAAACCAAGCUGCGCCUGUGGGAGACGCAAAUGCUGCGAGAAGACUUGGGACAUUUCCCGUGCUGCCAAAUUAUGAAAGAGCAGGUGUCCGUUUUCCCAAGCGCACAAUUGGCUGAAAAGGUCGGCUUACUUAACGCCGACUUCACGCGGCGAUUUUCCGACUUCGAAGCGCAAAAGAGUAGAUUUCAACUGCUCAGUAAUCCGUUUACAGUAGACGUGGAAAGCGCACCAACCAACCUCCAAAUGGAGUUGAUCGAACUCCAAUGUAGUGACACACUCAAGUCAAAGUAUGACUCAGUGGGCCAUGCGCAGUUUCCACGUUUUAUCCCUGACACAAUGCCCCAGCUGCGUGCGAAUAUUGCUCAAAUGCUCUCUAUGUUUGGUAGCACAUACCUAUGUGAACAACUUUUCUCUGUAAUGAAGUUGAACAAAACAUCACACAGGAGUUGUCUCACUGAUGAACAUCUUCACUCAAUUCUGAGGAUUUCCUCAGCUCAGAGCCUGACCCCAAACAUUGAUGCACUUGUGUCAAAGAUGAGAUGUCAAGUGGUGUGGCAUUCUGUCCAGGUGUGCUCUGAGGAAUGUUGGCAGCAGCCCAGCAGCUUUAUGGGACAACCUGGAGAUGGUCUGAGCGGAGCUGCAUUCCGGGAGUACAAGAGGCUGGAACACCUCCUGGAGAGCACCUUUUACAGUUACCCUCAUAUCCCCCAAUACUCCCACCAUCUCCUUUUCUCCCUGCUGCUUGAGAUGAAAGUGAAGAUGGGAUAUUUUAUCUCCACAUGA